UCCCGGUUUUGCGGUGACCGACCGACCGUGUGUGCCAUGCCUCCGCGACUGUGAAUCCAAGACAGAGAGUAGUGCCAUUACCUGGUGAAACAGAGCUACCUGGGAUCAUCUAAGGUGACCCGAACCUUUUGGAGAGUGAUGCACGGUAGCCCUGGACAUCAGCGUCCUGGCCACACACUAUGCUAACUGUGGUGCGGUGGGGAGGGUGGCUGGCCCCACUGGCCCUGGUGGUCCUGACGGCUCUGACCCUGCUGACCUGCGUCCUGCGCAAGCGCCGUGCGGAGGGCAGCUACCAGCCGAGCCACGAGGAGAAGAAGCAGGCGCGCCACCAGAACCCGAACCAGCACCUUCAGCACGGGCCCGAGAGACCCGGCCUGGCACUGCCCCUGCCCAAGGAGGAGCGCCUCAUCUGACCAAUCAGUGAGAGAGGCGCGAGAGAUGGGCAAUCAGACUGACCAAUCAGAGAGCGGCGGUGGACGAUGAGUGGGGGGGUACUGACCAAUCGGGGAGCGGAGGUGUAAGAUGAGCGGAGUCGGUGGUUGAGUGGAC